UUCACGGUCAUUGUGAGAUUUGAGGAACAAGUCAAGUGUUGUCAGUGUCUUACAAGGGUAGGGCUCAGCUCAGCCAUUCUAUCUACACGCCGCUCCUUCACACUCUCACUCUCUCUUUCACAACUUUCGCCUUACUCUCUGACAGCUAAAAUGCAAGGAGGAUUAAGAACAUUUUUGUCCAACGGGAAUGUCAUUAAAAAUGCUGUUCUGCAACGGGUUCGCAUGGUGAAUCCCCUGUUGCAACCAAUCGCCUCCUCACGGUUUGAAUCUGUUACACCUGCUCGCAUUGAGGAACAUGGUUUUGAGAGCACAACAAUUGCAGACAUCAUGAAAGACAAAGGCAAGGGUGCAGAUGGAUCCUGGCUCUGGUGCACCACAGAUGAUACUGUUUAUGAUGCUGUUAAAUCGAUGACCCAAAACAAUGUUGGGGCUCUGGUUGUUGUGAAACCUGAUGCGAAUAAGGCAAUUGCAGGGAUUAUUACCGAAAGAGAUUACCUGAGAAAGAUCAUCGUGCAGGGAAGAUCUUCCAAGUCUACCAAGGUUGGAGAUAUUAUGACUGAGGAGAACAAACUUAUCACAGUCACUCCCAAUACCAGAGUUCUACAGGCUAUGCAACUGAUGACUGAUAACAGAAUCAGGCACAUUCCUGUGAUUGAUGAGAAGGGGAUGAUUGGAAUGGUGUCUAUUGGAGAUGUGGUUCGUGCUGUGGUGCGUGAGCACCGUCAAGAGGUUGAGCGUUUGAAUGCUUUCAUACAAGGGGGUUAUUAGAUGAUGAUGAUGAUGAAAAUCCCUGAAGAGCAUUCAAGCUAAUUUGGAUUAAGUAAUAAGCCUGAGUGCUUGUAAAUAUGUUUGUGAUUUCAGUUCUAUGAACAUUAACCCCAAUGGUGUAGUUGCUUGUUAAUAAUAACAACUGGAUGCAGUUUGAAUCUGUUUUCAACUUUCGAAAA